CGGGCGGGCGGCGAGCAGCGCGCCGCCGGCUCGGCGGGCCGCGGGCAGCGGGCGCUCCGCCCUCGGUGCGCGGAGCCUCCCCUCUCCGCACCCGCGGAGCGCCGGCGCCCGCCUAUAUCUACGGCCGCGGCGGCCCGCCGCCCGCAAGGAUGUGAGGCGGGCGGGCAGCCCAGCCGCCGCCGCCGUGGCAUGCCCCCCCGCGCCCGGAGCCGUCGGCGCGGCGCCUAGCCGCGGCUCCGCGGGGCGAUGCUGCCCUGGAAGCGGAGCAAGGUGGAGCUGGUGGCGGGCGAGGCGCGGCGGCAGAGCAAGCCCAAGGGGUACGCGGUGAGCGUGCACUACUCGGCGCUCACCUCGCUGGCCCGCGCCUGCCCCGAGAGCGCCCUGCACCGCGUGGGCAGCAUGUUCCGCUCCAAGCGGCGGAAAUUCCGCGUCACCAGCGAGGACCCCACGUACACCGUGCUCUACCUGGGCAACGCCACCACCAUCCAGUCCAAGGGCGAGGGUUGCACCGACCUGGCCGUCUGCAAGAUUUGGAGCAAGAGCGAGGCGGGCCGGCAGGGCACCAAGAUGAAGCUGACCAUCAGCGCGCAGGGCAUCCGCAUGGCCCACGCCGAGGACAAGGGGCUGCGCCGGCCUGGCCACCUCUACCUGCUGCACCGGGUCACCUACUGCGUGGCCGACCCGCGCCUGCCGCGCGUCUUCGCCUGGAUCUACCGCCACGAGCUGAAGCACAAGGCGGUGAUGCUGCGCUGCCACGCCGUGCUGGUCUCCAAGCCCGAGAAAGCGAAGGCCAUGGCCCUGCUGCUCUACCAGACCUCGGCCACGGCGCUGGCCGAGUUCCGCCGGCUGAAGAAGCGGGACGACGCGCGGCACCAGCAGCAGCAGCUGGUGGGCGAGCAGAGCAUCCCGCUGGUGCCGCUGCGCAAGCUGCUCAACGGGCAGUGCUGCUACAAGCCGCCGGUGGAGCGGAGCCGCAGCGCGCCCAAGCUGGGCUCCAUCACGGAGGACCUGCUGGGCGAGGAGCAGGAGGAGCGGGCCAUGCACUGCGACUGCGAGGACAUCCUGGAGGCGCUGGGCGAGCCCGAGGGCGAGCUGCUGCGCGCCGGCGCCGGCCGCGGCGAGGGCCCGGAGCUGGGCCAGCUCCUCCGCGAUCUGGGCGAGCUCAGCCUGGGCAACGACCUGCGCUCGCUGCGCGCCGACCUCCGCGUCCGCCGGCUGCUCUCCGGCGAGAGCACGGGCAGCGAGUCCUCCCUGGAGAGCAACGGCCCGGACGGCGCCGCCCCGCCCUGCAACGGCGCCGAGCAGCCGCCCCCCGGCGACCCCGAGACCGGCUGAGCGCUCGGCCGCGCCGGGGGGGCGCGGGGCCCGAACGGAGCCGCCGGGGCCCCGCCGGGAUCGCACGGUCCCCUCCGGGAGCGCGCCGGGGCCCCGCCGGGAUCGCACGGCCCCCCCGGGCGCCCUGGUUCCCUGCGCACCCACGCGUCCCGCAGCAUCCCGGGGAGCGACCGCCCCUCCCGGUGCCGGUGGCGGCCGGAGCCGGGCCCCAGCCCACCGUGGUCCGAGGAGGGGAGGCGGCCGCCGGCUGUUUACCUCCGGCUCAGCCCUUGAAGAUCUGCCAAAUUCCUGGAAUAGCUUUCCCCGGGGAGGGCAGCGGGAGGGAGGUGUGCGCCUUGUUUACAGUCAGAAAUCUCACAUCCGAGAGGGCCCCCCCCCCCAGCGCCGUAUUCUCCAUUAAAGUCACUCCAUCGUGCUGUCGUGUCCGAGAGGUUUGCACUGUUGUGAAAUUCUUUUUUUUUAUUAUUAUUAUUUUUAAGUUAGACCCUUUUUUUGGGCCCCGGUCCUGUUCCCAGUCUCAAUGCUCUAGGUCUUUUGCUGUGCAAAAGAAGACUUUACUUGUGGCUGUUCACCUGUACAUAGGGAAAUGUAUGCAAAUACAUUUUGUUAUUUUUAAGAACACCACCAUUGCGAUCUCCUCUGUUUGCACAUACGUGAAGAAAAUAAAGAUGACAGUAAUUUAAAAGAAA